GUUCAGACCUCAGUGAAAGCGCUUGACCGUCACUGCUCUCCUGAGGUUUUCCAACCAACCGCGUAUUUAUUUCUUUUAUCGGAGCGCCUUGAAUUGGAGACCCGCCGAAUUCCCUGUUCGGAGUGAAGUAAUUAGCUCACGAGAAUGACCCAGGUCCUGGGCUCAAGUCGCUCUGUCGGGAGAUGCAGUGCACGACGACGCAUCGGUGUCCCAGCUCAAGCUGUCCGGCGCCCCAGGCACCCCUGCCUGCGCACGGUCCGGGCCAGCGCCGCGGAAGAGUCAGGGGAUGCAAGCGGCAGCGGCGAGCCGCCCAAGCGGCCGCAUCCGGAGAUGGACGCUGCUGACGCCGCUGCGGCCUCCUCCUCCAGUGUGGUCCCCGACACGCUGCCCUACCUGGGCAGUCAGAGCGAUUGGCGCGAGUUCAGGGCCAAGCUGGUCUCCCAAAGCCGCGGGCAAGGAUCGGCAUCAACGUCUGCGGACGAGUGGGCGCACAUCAUUCCCAAACCCGAGAAGGGCGCGCUGCUCUUGGCCCAUCCGCUCCUGUUCCAAAACUCCCAGACCUACUUCCACCGGGCCGCCAUCUUGUUACUGGAGCACGGCGACAAUGGCAGCUACGGCGUCAUUCUCAACCGGCCAUCCACCUACUUCAUUCGGGAUAUCCCCCUGAAGCGGCCGCAGACGCAGUUCAACGACUGCCGGCUGUACGUGGGCGGGGAUGUGGGCGGCGGGGAGGUGCAGGUCCUCCACCCGCACGGCGACCUGGCAGGCGCGGUGGAGGUGGUGAAGGGCGUGUACAUGGGCGGGCUGGAUGCGGGUCGCGACGCCAUCGACGCAGGCAAGGCUCAGGCCCAGGACUUCAGGUGGUUCAGCGCAUACGCUGGCUGGGCGCCCGGGCAACUGGCGAUGGAGUGCAAGCGCGGCGUGUGGUUCACCGCGGCGGCCAGCCCCAAGCUGCUGCUAAAGGAGGUGGAGCACGGCCAGGGGCCCAGCUUCUGGCACGAGCUCAUGACGCUGCUUGGAGGUGACUAUGCAGAGCUCUCCAAGGGGCUGCGCAAACACGACGACCUGGACGCACCCGAGCCAUCGUCAUGAUGCCCUUACAAAUCGUGGCAAAGGAGGCAACGUGCCGGCGAAGCGCAUGGCUUGUAUUCAGACGUACAAGGCCGUGACAGUCUGUGAAUGAGUGAGGGGAACGCGGGGGCGGCGAUGGCAUUCGGAGAGGAGCACGAGGGUAGGCGUUGGUCUCCUCCUUGGCUCAACCUGUGCAUGUGCGCACAUGUUGGAGUUCGUGUCAGGCAGUUUCAUUUGCUGAAUGUGUUAGUCAUGACACCGGGAAAGAGUCUGAGUGUCACAGAACAUGCAGUAUCUAUCGUACGCAUUAGUUCCGCAACGCACGUCAAUAUCUGGUGUCAAGUCCAUGCAGCAGUGCGACGGGACCAUGGCAUAAGGCGCGUGGGGCGUACCACGCCGGGGCAGCGUUUAAGCACUGCCCGCCUUCCUCCAAUAACUUGAUGAUGGCAGGGCUGGUGAUAAUGGGAACACUGGGAUGGUUGUGGGAAAGCAAGACGGGAAGGGGAGGACGGCUGGGGUGGAAGCAGCGAAGCAGCGAUGGCGGUUGCGUCUCGGGACUGGCAAUGGCUGAAAGUGGUGCGUCGUGCAUGCUGCAUGAAUCAAGAAGCCCUGGGGAAAGCUCACGUCUCGAGGCUGGCAGUGGCUACGGUGUAGAGGUGCGGCGUGCUGUGUUGGCCUGUUGGGACCGGUCAGGACCACUGGUGCGAACAGGUGAGAUAGCUGAUCCGUUGCCGCCUCACGCUCGCUCCUCAUACAUGAUAUGCUAAAGCGCCCUCAUACUGCCGUAUGGGAAGUGACAAACGACUGAACGCAUUUGGGAGCUCAAAAGGAUCGCCGUG